UAUGAGAACACAUGCACACUAAUAUCUGUGAAAUACAACGUCCAGAGCAAAAAGUACGCACAUCGAGGUCACAAGCAAGGUUACAGGCAUCUCAUGGUUACUGGCAUCUACAUGUCUGAAUUAACACACGUUCAGAGUAAUAAAAUUUUUGGAGGAUGGCAGACAGUGUAUUCGCACAACAGUACAGAAUUAGGAUGCAAGAUGAAAUUUGCUACAUACCUACCACCUCAAGCUGAAGAAGAUUCUGUACCAGUGAUCUACUGGUUAUCUGGUCUAACUUGUACCGAAGCAAAUUUCAGUGAGAAGGCCGGAGCUCAGAAAUACGCUGCGGAACACGGCGUGCUUCUUGUCAUACCUGAUACCAGUCCAAGAGGAUUGAAUAUUCCUGGCGAAGAUGACAGUUACGACUUCGGUACUGGUGCGGGAUUCUAUCUGGAUGCUACUCGCGAACCAUGGAAGAAAAAUUACAGGAUGUACAGCUAUGUUACCAAAGAACUGCCGGCAUUGAUCAGUAAAGAGUUUCCAAUUUUACCGGAUAGACAAUCUAUAAUGGGUCAUAGCAUGGGAGGACACGGUGCUCUAAUCUGCGCUUUGAAAAAUCCUGGACAAUUCAGAACAGUAUCGGCCUUCGCGCCCAUAAGUAAUCCAAUUUUAUGUCCGUGGGGAAAGAAAGCCUUUUCAGGAUAUUUGGGAGGAUCAAAAGACGACGACGCGUGGAAAGAAUGGGACGCUACAGAACUGGCAAAAAAAUACAACGGCCCGCCCUUGGACAUUUUAAUCGAUCAGGGUAAAGAAGAUCAGUUUUUGAAGCAAGGUCAGUUAUUACCAGAGAAUCUAUUAAAUGCUGCGAAAGACAAUGGCAUAGCGCUCACUCUCAGAUUUCAAGACGAUUAUGAUCACAGCUACUAUUUCAUAGCUACAUUUAUUGAAGAUCAUUUCAAACAUCACAUAAAAUAUCUGAAAAAUUAAAUCUGAGAUCGCUAUUACCGUUAAAAACAUUACUGAGGUGAACAUUGAAAUCUUUAUUUUAGAAGAUUUUUAUGCUCUUGUGUAACCAAAUAGUGAUGGAAAAAAAAAAGAAAAAAAACGAAAGAGAAAAACUCGCAUUUUUCAACGAGAACAAUAAAAGUUGUAUUCUUUUAUAUAAAAGAUGAUGUUUAAUAUAUCUUUUAUAUAUACAUUGUUUUUUUUUUGUUAUUGUUUUUUCACAAGAAUUGAUGAAGAAAUACUUCAGCAUGUAAAAAUGAAAAAUAUAACUAAUAAAAUAUAUAUAUAUAUAUAUAUAACAUAUCUGUGUAGAGUGUUCGUAUAUAAUAGUUUAAUUUCUUAGACAAAUCUGUUUUUUUUUUUUUUUUGCAAACACGUAUUUGCGCGCGUAAUAAUAGAAGUUUUACAAAAUUUAUGCAUAAAAUAUUUUAUACACACUGUGAAUAGUAUAACAAGAAUCUAGAAUUGAAAAAUAUCAUUGCGAUUUUCGAGGUUCUCGAAUGCUGUGCCACAAGGUCAGAAGCGGUUCCCGCUUUUGCCA